GGAACCGUUAUGGCGACUGCUACCCCGAGCCGUGAAGCUGCCCGGCCAACGGCCUGUACACCUCUCUCCCCCACUCGGAUAUCUCGCUUACAAGAAAAACAAGAUUUGCAGCAUCUGAACGAUAGGCUGGCCGUGUAUAUCGACCGUGUCCGGGCACUGGAAUUGGAGAAUGACCGGCUGAUGGUGAAAGUGUCCGAGAAAGAGGAGGUGACUACUAGGGAGGUAACAGGCCUGAAGGCUCUUUAUGAGGCAGAGUUAGCUGAUGCUCGACGGGUUUUGGAUGAAACUGCUAAAGAGAGAGCCAGGCUUCAGAUAGACCUUGGCAAGGCUCAUGCUGACCUGGAAGAAGCCACACGCAGUGUCAAGAAGAAAGACAGUGAUCUUGCUGCAGCAUUGUCCAGGGCCAGUGGUUUGGAAGGCCAGCUGAAUAAGAGUGAAGCAGCUCUUUCUACAGCUCUAAGCCAGAAUGCUGCUCUGACUUCUGAGCUCGCUGAUGUCAAGUCUCUGCUGGCUAAGGCAGAGGACAGCCGUGCUGUUGGUAAGCGCCAACUGGAGGCAGAGACACUAAUGCGUGUAGACCUGGAGAACCGAUGUCAAUCAUUGAGUGAAGAGCUGGAGUUCAGGAAGAGCAUGUUUGAAGAGGAGGUGCGUGAGUCCCGGCGUCGACAGGAGCAGAGAAUAGUGGAGGUGGACUCUGGAGUAAGACAGGACUAUGAGUUCAAACUGGCACAAGCUUUACAGGACCUAAGGAAGCAACAUGAUGAGCAAGUCUCCCUUUAUAAGGAAGAACUGGAGCAAACUUUUCAGGCAAAGUUGGAUAAUGCAAAGAUGUCCUCAGAGAUUAAUGACAAGGCAAUGAGCACAGCGAAGGAGGAGUUACAGGAGUCCCGCACGAGAAUAGAGAGCCUUGGAUAUCAACUUGGUGCCCUGCAAAAACAGGUGGCUGCCUCAGAAGAUCGUAUCAGAGAGCUGGAGGAAAUUCUCUCUGCAGAGCGAGACAAGCACCGCCGUACCAUUGAAGCAAAAGAGCAGGAGAUGGCCGAAUUGAGGGAAAUGAUGAACUCUCAGCUCAGUGAAUACCAGGAGUUGCUGGAUGUGAAGCUUGCCCUGGAUAUGGAGAUCAAUGCGUAUAGGAAACUGCUGGAGGGAGAGGAACAUAGACUGAAGCUGUCCCCCACCCCGUCUACUCGAGUCACUGUUUCCAGGCUGACAGGAUCUUCCUCCUCCCGCUCCUUCAAGAGAAAGAGAGUGGAGGUGGAGGCUAAGGAUGUGCCAGAGAUGGAAAGAGAGGGGCAGCUGCUGGUGUCAGAAGAGGCCACAGCAAGUGGAGCAGUCACUAUAUCACCAACUGACAUGGAUGGAAACGCAGUCACCCUCAGCAACGAUACUGAGCAGGACCAGCCUUUGGGAAACUGGAGACUGAAGAGACAAGUUGACGAUGGGGAGGAGAUCAUCUACAAGUUCUCCCCAAAAUUUAUCCUCAAGGCUGGACAGUCAGUUACGGUGUGGUCCACUGAUGCUGGUGUGGCCCACAGUCCACCAUCUGACUUGUUGUGGAAAAGCCAGGCUUCCUGGGGCACAGGAAGUGACAUUGUUACCUCUUUGAUCAACGCUGAUGGCGAGGAGGUGGCGAGGAGGAGUGUGACCAAGACUCAGGUGGAGGUAGAAAAUGGAGAGGAAGAGGAGGAAGUGGCACAAACGGGCAGAGUGUCGUCCAGAGAGUGUGCCAUCAUGUGAAGCCUUCCUGUUACAUGGAUGGCUUUGACUUCCACAUUAUAUGUUUUUUUCCCCCCAGACCCGCUCAGAUAUCAUCUUAUCCAUUCUCUUAUCAAUUGGUGUUUUUACUGUUCAAGACAUUAUGAGAAUUUUUUUAAUAAUGGACUCUGCUUACUGCCCUCCACAUUUUUGGACCUACUUUAAUAUGGGUCACUUUCCUAAAUACUACUAGCUGACACUAGUAGAUAAAACAAAGGUGAUGGAUCCAAACAAUUUAACUGUGGAGUUGCAUCUGAAUAUUUCCACCCAUACAAAUAGUACUCUACAUAUCGAAGAUCCAUUUCAUUGUCUGUCUUGUACUCUUAAGUAAGUAUUUGGUUUCAUCCUUUAAGCACAGCAGAACACAAUGUUUACUUAGUAUAAAGUAUCUCUGAGACAUUUAUUUUCGACACAUUCAAAGCCUUUUCUAAAUUUGUUUCUCCUCUAUAACACUGACGUGGUUACCCAGAUUUUACCCGCUGCUUAAUUUUCUUUGUAUUUUUUAUUUAUAUCUUCCUUUGAUCUGCAUACAUUGCAAAUGCCAUGAAUGCCUGUUUAGAUAAAGCAUUCUUUUGCAAUUAUGUUGAAUUUCCUUAAUCAAAAGUGAGUUUGCAAAUCCACUGCUGGUUUGCAGCCAACUGUCAGCUGACCCGAUCACGUAGACUGCCACAAUUCUUGAGGCUGCCCUCCCAUCAAUCUGUUUUGUCACUGUGCACCUUUUCUUUUCUCGUCCUUAUUUCUAAAAUACAACAUUGAAAUGUGAUAGUUGAUCAGAUCUCUGUCUGUCUUGGCAGAGCUAAAUUACAGACAAACAUGAUCUCUGGAAAGAUUCAGAGGUAGGUGUUUGAAGCCUUUUGACGUUAUCUUACAGUUUUUUUACUUAUUACUUUCAGGGGAUUUCGACUGACAACCUUUGAUUUCUGAUGACAAUUACAUGGAAAAGUCAGAGAAUCCAUUAUCUCUGCUGCCGUUGGGUGGUCUGUAGUGGAAGUAAAAUUUGCUGUAUCAAGAAAAACAGACUGUUGACUCUGUCUUAUCCAGGCAGUCAAAGGAAAAUAGCUUCAGAACAGGGAUAUGAGUUGUUUUUUUAAAAAAAAAAAAUAUAUAUAUAUACUGUAAACUACUAGAUUAGCUAUGCAGCCUGAGGGCAUGGUUGGAACUAGGUAGCUGUAUGGGCAGCAGAGUGGGUGUGUCAGCAGUGGCCAGUUCAUAUCACAUUUUUCUUAGAAGCAUAGUGGAAUGAAAACCUUAAGUGCACACUACGAUCUUAAGUUGGUACAAAUAAUCUUUUGGUCAAAUUCUCGACAAUUUUUUAUUUAAUUUUUUUUUUAAACUUCUGAUUACUGUGAGUGCAGUGGUCACAGAUAUUUCUGCUCUGAUUCAGUUCCCCAACCAACAAAGAUACGUGGUUUCAGAUUUGCUAAACAUUGAGUCUCUGAGCCAAAGGACCUGAAGCCACACGGACCAGAAACCGUGUAUGCAUUCUCAAGGAAGGAAAUGAAAGUUUAAGUUAGCUUUAUCCAGCAACCAUGUAAUGUCUGGAGCCACAAUGCAGACUACCAGGAGAAAACCUAGUGGCAACCAUUAACACCCAAUGUCAGGAAACCAGCUGUUAUAAUAGAUAGGUAUAUUGACAACCAUUAAAUUGGUAGCUGGUUGUUGAUGUGGUUGUCAGCUCUGUUGUAAUAACAGUGACUGAGUUUAAAAUCCUGGGACUGUCCUUAAACAAUGCAACAUUGCUGUUCUUAAAUUACUGCAGUGGCCAGAAUAUUAAUGGAGUUGCAGCUGGUGGGUGAAGGUGUUGUGUUUCGCUAUGACACUGAAAUAUGAUAUAAAGAAAAUCUCUGACUGUCUUUGUUAAUCUGGACUAUUAACCUGACCAUAAAUUGCUUUCAUUGUCAAGUACGCACAUGGUGAACUGUAAAAGCAACACUUUUAUGAUACAGUGUCUGAUGGAAUAUUCUGAUGGACUGUAUUGUCUCCAUCUGUUUCCUGUUAGGCUGUUUAUGAGUGUUUCUCUUACAACUGUUGUGUGUUCUUGUGCGUUUAUAUGCUGUGUGUUAUAUUGCUAGUUUUUCUAUAUAAUGCUUGUCUAUAUAAUCAGUUUGUUAACAUGAACUUCAUUUAUUAUUUUGUGUCUAGGAUUUCUUGGGUGGUAAAGAUAGGGUUUUUUUGACCUAAAUAGAAGGAGAAAACUGAUUCUUGGGCUUAAAUAUAUUUCAGGGUUCAUACAAGACAGUUACUGAACACUAUUCCUCAGUGUCCUACUUGGAGUUUUAAAGUCGUUACAUAAGUUAAAGAUAUGAAAACCACUUUCUGAGUCAAUGCAGGCAAAAAGCAACAACUGCUUGUGCAAUUACUAUUGAGUAACCAACAUUGAACAACUGAACACUCCAAUCAUGGAUGAACUGUCACAUGGCUUGGGUCUGACUUGUUCUGUUGCAUUAUGUGACUGAUAGUCAUGUGAACUUUCGAUAUUCUUCAUGUGGGGGUUGGGGCAUGCCAAGUGUCAGUUUUCUUUCAUGAUUUACUGUUACUACUUUUUGUACACAAUAAAUGUUUUUGCAUAUACA